CUCCUGGGCCGGGGGGCGCUGCCAGCAUGCCUACCUCCCUCCAUGCCUGGUGGCUGUCCGGGUUGCUACUGGGGCUCAGCCUACAACUCCGGGCCCGGGUGGAGGCGUGCAGCUGCGCCCCCGCGCACCCCCAGCAGUUGCUCUGUUCCUCGGCCAUAGUGAUCCGGGCCAAAGUGUACGGUGAAAAAGUGGUCCCAGCCAGGGAGGACCCAGCUGACACCCAGAAAAUGAUCCAAUAUGAAAUCAAACAGAUAAAGAUGUUUAAAGGGUUCGAUAAGGUGAAGGACGUUCAGUAUGUCUACACACCAUUAGACUCCUCUCUGUGUGGGGUCAGGCUAGAAGCCAAUAAGAAGAAGCAGUAUCUCCUUACUGGCCAGAUUCUAGAUAAUGGCAAAGUAUUCAUCAAUAUGUGUAAUUACAUAGAGCCCUGGGACGACCUGUCCUUCUUGCAGAAGAAAAGCCUGAAUCAUCGUUAUAACAUUGAUUGCACCUGCAAGAUCGUCACCUGCUACACAGUGCCCUGCUCCAUCUCGGCCCCCAAUGAGUGUCUCUGGACAGACUGGCUGAUUGAGCGGAAGCUCUAUGGGCACCAGGCCCAGCAUUACGCUUGCGUUAAGCGCAGCAAUGGCACCUGCGGCUGGUACCGGGUUGGUCUCCCCCCUGAGAAGGAAUUCAUCGAUGUCAGCGAGCCCUAGAGAGAAGCAUUACCACACCCCCCGCCCUAGCUCCUGAGUGGCCUGGAGGCCAGAUCCAUCCAUCCAUCCAUCCAUCCAUCCAUCGAUCCAUCCAUCCAUCCAUCCAUCCAUCCAUCCAACCAUCCAUCCAUCUGUCCAUCCCUGCACAGCUUCCCACUGCUUAAUGUAGCCACCACUUAGGGUCGCUGCCAACUCGCGGAAGAUACCAAUGUGUGUGGAGCUAGUGGCUGGGUGAGAAGAGGGCUCACACUCCCGGCAGUGGCUGUUCUGAGAAGGCCAGUCAGGCUUGGGUCCAGAGUUCCUCUCUGUGCUGGGAAAAGCAGGACCGUCCCAGUCAAAGGGCCAUGGGCCUGUUCCCUCUGCUUAGCUUCUUCCUGUCACGGAGCAGGUUCGGAAAAAAGAACUCCCGUGUAAUCACGAAUCAAUCUUUCUGAUCAGGCUGGGGUUUGUUUCUGUCCCUCUCUAAAAAACAAAAUGUUGAAACGCGAACGAAAGCGCUUUCCAUAUCUGGAGCUGACAUGGCACGGGCCAAAUAUUGUACAGCAUGUGCACAAAUUAUUAAUAGCCCCAUGUUGUACAAAAGCAACCACUGUGAUCAAGGCAAGUGGAAUGGGCUGAUUUGGGAGAAUGAUUAAAAAGCAUCUUGUACACUU